UGCCAAAACCAAUCCUGAAUUGAACAAGGAAUGUAAGGAUUUUUUUGAAAUUACCAUUGUGGUUUGGUUGAAGUUUGCAGUGGAACUGCGUCGGGUUUAGAUAGGCACUUUUAAAACAACAAAGUGUAACAAACAUGGUCAUCAAAGUUUAUUUAGCGACUGCAUCUGGCUCAACAGCGAUCAAGAAAAAGCAACAAGAUGUGGUGGGGUUCUUGGAAGCCCUUAAGGUUGACUAUACAGAAUUUGAUAUUGCCACAAACGAAGAGAACAGAAUGUGGAUGAGAGAGAACGUGCCUGGAGAGAAGAAACCAACAAACGGAAUCCCCUUACCCCCGCAGAUCUUCAAUGAUCAGAAUUACUGCGGGGACUAUGACACUUUCUUCAACGCCAAGGAAGACAAUGAAGUGUUUGCAUUCCUGGGCCUCGCUCCUCCCGCAGGUUCAAAGGAAGCCCAGCUUGCAGAAAAGGCACUUAUUCUUCAGAAUGGAAAAGAUCCAGAGGAACAUCACAAAACAUCAGCAGAGGAAUGUAAUGGUGAUUCAGCGGCCCCUGAAGAUCUUCACAAGACGUCCGGUCCAGGAGAAGCUGCAGAGGAAAGCGAGGAGAGCAUGAAGGAACCCAGCGAGAAAGAAGAAGAGGUUGAACACAAGGAAGAGGACUCAGAGGAGCCACUGACAGAGGAUGAAGAGCAUCCUGUCACUGAGGAUGAUGAAGAGCAUCCGGUCACGGAGGAUGAAGGCGAGCAGCCUGUCACUGAGGAUGAAGAAGAGGAGCCGAUCACUGAGGAUGAAGAGGAGGAGCCUGUAACAGAGGAGGAAGAAGAGGAGGAGCCAGUGACAGAGGAUGAAGAGCAAGGCGAGGCAGCUACAGAAUCUUAAUUAUGCUUUUCAGUGCUUUUCCUUUGCAAAGGUUUUUAAGGAAACAGAAGCCCCUUCAGCCCAACACCUCCUCCCUGGAUACACACCACUGAUCUACACAGCACAGACACAGACUUCUCCACAGUCACAAGCCUAGGAUGUAAGAAAAGACAAGGAUAUUUUCUCAUCAGCUGCAGCCUGUUUGACAGAAAAUCCUUUUCAGUAUGAUCGUGGAUUGCUACCUGUUUACCACGAGGCUGCUUAAGAACACAGUCGAUGCUUAGAUCCCUGGAAGAAUAAUAUUACCCUUGUGUGUGCCGUGCUUUUCACACAGAGCCACUUCCCCUAUGAGAACAACGGCAGAGCGAUCUGCAGUAAAAGUGCAUUUAUUAGGAGCAGAUGGUCUGACACAGUGUUACAGAACCGCAGCGUUUACCUGAAAUGCAAAGAAAACAAAUCAGGGUGUUUUUUUUAAAUGUUUUGAAUGAAAACAGACAACUUAAAACAGAAAUAUUUGGAAACUUAACUUACUCUGUCAUUGUUUGCAACAUAUAUUGCAUUGCUGAUCCUGUUCUUAAUUAUUAGUUUGUUAGUUAGUUAUUUUUAUGCUAUUGAUUGUCUUGCAACAGCCAGUGCAACCACUGGUUUUGCUAGAAAAUGUCAAAAAGGAAAAACAGGCCUCCCACAAGGGUAGUGUAACAGUGUUAGGGUGUGGGGUUUAAAGAAGUUCUCUACUUUAACACCACUAGUAAUAUACUAUAUAUUUGCACCAAUAACAAUACUAUGGGCCAUAUUUAUUCCAGUCUUUAAUUAGCUCAUAUUUCUUAAAAGGAGAAAAACACCUAGUGACUUUACAAAACUACGUGUAGUAUCAAACAGGCAAUGUAAUUGAAGUCUCUCAAUUACACUCUGUUGAGCUAUUUAAAGACUGGAGUAAACGCUUUGAUAAUAAGGCCAGAUAUAUUUGAACCUAUUCAAUGCACUUUUAUCACAGCUAAACUGCAGUGUUUUUUUUUUGCAUGGUGGAAACUCCAGAGUCCAAAUUGGAGAAAUGGAAGAAAAAAAACAAUCUCUGGUUCCCAGUUAAUUAGUUCACGGUUUCUAAAGACACUCAACAGGAACGGCUCACUUUGAUAAUCUAGCCAGAGGUCUCUGUUAUAAUCUCAAUAGCUCUUCUGCAGAUGUGGAUUUCUCUGGUCAUUUCCACCUCCAUUGACAGAUCACCGAUAUUACUGCACAGCAUAUUUGUAUAAUGUAGUGAGGUGAAUUGUUUUGUUUAUUGCCAAAUCUCCUAGUUCUAUAAAAUGUUGUAAGAUAAAA